AUGGGCGAGACCGAUAUCGACGAGCUCGAUGAAGCAGUACUCGAAGAGUAUUACGCCAUACUCCAGGUGUUCGAGGAGGUGCUCGUCUUCACGCAGACCGACCGAAAGCGCCACGCCCUGCAGCUUGCCACCGCCGGUAUGACGGCCGAACUGCUGCAGGCCAACGAUCUAACCGUAGCUGGCCUCCAGCAGUUCGGCCUGGACCCUCGGCCCAGCCUGGUCCUGCACAGCGCCCUCACCAAGCUGCGCCUUCGCUGGGCGGCUCCUGAGGCCGGCGUCGUGAGCUGCCCCGAGGGCCAGGCGGUCGAGUUCCAGAUCAGCCUGGCCGGCGGGUCGGGGGCGUUGCAGUACAGGUGGUACAAGCACGCACUGAGCCCGUCAGGCACACUCGAGAAGCGGCUGCUGGACUGCGACACGGACAGGCUGCGGCUGACGGCGGUGGACAUCAACGACAGCGGCCACUACUCGUUCUGCGUGACCGACCCCAGUGGCGCGCAGGUGCAAGCCGAGAGGCCGCUGUGGGAGCUGCGCGUGCGGCUGGUUCGCGACUUUGACGAGCUCGACGCGCGCGAGAGGUGGUACCAGUGGCUGGACGAGAUGGUUCCGCGGCCCCUCUUCCAUCUCGCCGAGAAGACCAACAAAGUCAUACUCGACGAGAUCGGCCUCGCGGUGCUCUUGCCUAUGUUCCAUUCGCGGGGGCGGGGCUACAUCAUGUUCAAGGUGACGGCCGACGGACCAGAGAAGGACACAUCAACGGUGAUUCCGUGCCGCAACAUGGACUUCCUGCAGGACAUCAUCGAGCUGCGCACCCUGGUGGCUCGGCCCACCGAGAUCGAGCACCUGCUGGAACAGGGCCGCGCCAGCACCGCACUGCUGCGAAACUACAUCAUCUCCGUGCUCGGCGGCCAGCCGCCCAAAGACGCCAACGGCGCAGCCCUGCGAGGCGGAGAAGCCCCCCUGCCCCCGGUCGACCUGAUCGAAGGGAAGGAGGAGCUCUCCGGCGCCCACCUCGGCGCCCGGUUCCUGGUGGGCCAGAACGGCAUCUACGCCCGCGGCUACUGCCAGCUUCCGGCCCCGCCCAGGCCCGACCUGAGCGUCACACGCAGGCCCGCGCCGGUGCCUCCCGGCCAAGAGGGCCUUGUGCAGAGUCUCCACUCGCGUGUCCAACGCCCCGCGGCCUUGGUUCCGGCCACCGGUGACAAGCCACUUCCGAAGCUGGUACUGGGUGACGUGCAGCCCGUGGCCAACGUUCACAAGAUGGCCGCGCAGAGCGUGGGCACUUCAAUGGGCAUCAGCCUGGCCAUCGAGCUGCUGCGGAGCGGGUACCUCUACAAGCGCGGACAGCUCUCGGGCAAGGCGGCGGCGCAGCAAAUCGCCAUGACGACGGCCACCGGCGGCCUCAUCGCCGGUGGCUACACCUACGCCAGCAUGGCCCUGCAGCAGCUCGCCGUGCGCCAGGCGGGCAACCUGGCAGGCCAGGCCGCCAGGGCUAUCCUACGCAGCCCGAACUUCGCCGUCGGGGCCGUGCUGGUCACCAUCUCGACCUGUGUCGACCUCUACCGCUGGAAGCGCGGCCACCUCUCGGGGCGACAGCUGCGCGAGAACGUGGUGGCGAACGUGGCCAGCACGGCCGCAUCGACGGCGGCCGUCCGCCAGGCCGACGACUACGCUCGCCGCCACCAACACGAGGCCACCGAACUCAAGCGCCUCCUCGACGAACAUCGCCAGCGCGCCGAGGCGCGGCUCGAGCGAGUGCAGAGCACGCUGCAGCGCCGAUUGGAGCAGGCCAACGAGAUGCUGCAGUACGAGCGCAACGCCAGGGACGCGCUGCAGACGGAGAAGGACGCGGUCGACUCCGAACUGCGCCGGACCUACGCGCAGUCCUCCAAUGAGCGCCUGAAGCUCGAGCGCGAUCUCAAGGACGCCAAGGACCACGUCAGUCGACUCCUGGAUGCGCGGGCUCGGCUGGAGUCGGAGGUGCACAAGCUGGACGUGGUGGCGGCGCGGGUGACCGAGCUCGAGCACGAGUACGCCACGGCGCAGCGCAGCGCGAACAAGCUCCAGUCGGAGCUCAAGUUCGUGCGGGAGCAGUACGAGCGGGCCGAGCUCGACAAGAAGGAGGAGCGCGACGGGCGGCGGCGGCUCGAGGAGGAGCUGCGCGUGGUGCGGGGCCAGCUCGAGGACCUUCACACCCGCUCCAAGAGCCAGCGCGAGGAGCGCGACUCGGCCCAGCGCGCGACGAUGGACGAGGAGUACCUCCGCAAGGUCCUGCGCGAGAAGGAGUCGCUCGAGGUCCGCCUCGGCCACGCCGCCGUCAAGGAGGAGUCCGCCAACGCCCGCAUCGACGAACUCACCAGGGAGCGCGAGACGCUGGAGAGGGAGAGCGACAAGGUGCACAGGGAGCGGGACCGGCUGCAGCGCGAGCUCAAGGACUGCGAGCGCCGGGCCGAGGCCGAGAAGCAGCGGCGCACCGAUCUCGAGCGGGAGGUCAAGCGCCUGGAGCACGAGCUCGACGACGCCCACCGCAAGACGGCCGAGCUGCAGAGCCGCGGCGGCAGCAGCCGUGGUGGUGCCCCUGCCGCGGUCAACGCCGAGGUCGAGGCCGAGCGCAGGGUGCGAGAGCUCGAGAAGCGCUGCGAGACCGAGCGGCGGGAGAAGGACGAGAAGGAGCGCGAGGUGCGGCGGCUCAAGGACCUGUUGGCCGAGCUCGAGAGCAAGCAGGAGGAGACGCAGAGCCGCGAGCAGCGCGCGACGUCGGUGCGCGAGAAGAAUGUCGCCCGGGAGCUUGAGGAGGCUCGCGCGCAGGCGGAGAAGCUCAAGCGCGAAGUCGACGCCGAGCGAACCCGCAGAGAAAAGGCCGAAGAGCAGGGCCUCAAAGCCGACCAUCUUGCCAAAGACUGGGAGAAGAAGUACAAGGCCGGGCUCAGUUCGGCGAGCGGGGCGUCGGACGCGCUGAACGCCGAGGUGGCGCAGCUGACCGACAAGCUCAGGAAGGAGGGCGACCGGGCCAGGGAGGCCGACGCCAAGGCCAAGCAGCUGGGCGACGAGGUGGCCAGGCUCGACGAGGACCUCGAGGACCUCCGACUGGCCCACGCCAAGCUCGAGAAGGAGAAGAAGCUGCUGCAGGUCGACAAGGAGGAGCUCGAAGAGGACGUGCGCACGCUCGAGGACAAGCUCAGGCUCGCGGUCACCAGCAAGGCCGCCACGAGCGACGACGUCGCCAAGCAGCACGAGGCGCAGGUCAAGGCCCUGGCGGCCAAGUUCGAGAAGGAGAAGGCCGGCCUGCUCAAGGACCAGGCCGAGCUCGAGGCCCAGGUGGUCCAGCUGCGCGAGGCGGCGCGUAACGCCGAGCGCGCACGCGACAAGGCCGCGCAGGACCUGAAGGCUGACGCCGCCGGCAAGCUCGACACGCUCACCGACAAGGUGGCGGCGCUCGAGAAGGAGAAGGCGGCCGCGCAGGGCGAGAAGAAGGCGGCCGAGGAGGGCGCGGCCCAGCUCGCGGCCAAGCUCAAGCAGCUCGAGGCCCGGCUGGCCGACGCGGAAAAGGCCGGGGCCGCCCAGGCGGGCGACGCCGGCAAGAAGGCCGACGCGGCCGUGGCCGCGGCCCAGGCCCGCGAGAAGGAGCUGCAGCGCGAGCUUGAUGCGCUCAAGGCCCAGCUCAAGUCGGUCGAGGCCGAGAGCGUCAAGACGCGGGAGGACCUGCACAAGGAGGUGGCCGAGCUCAAGAGCGCCCGGCAGGCACAGACGGCCGGCACGGCCCAGGCUCAGGCCCAGCAGCAGGAGCUCCAGGCCAAGGACGAGCUGCUGCGCAAGGCCGAGGCCGAGAAGCAGCAGUUGCUGGCCCAGCUCGACGCGCUCAAGUCGGCUGCCGCUGCUGCGCAGACGACGGCCAGUAACGGCGCUGCGUCGGCCGAGGACAAGGCCAAGCUCGAAUUAGAGAACGCGCGGCUGGCCAGUCAGGUCGAGGAACUCAAGGCCGCCCUAGCCGCCACUGCCAAGCAGCCCGCACCCACCCCCGAAGGCGAUGGCGGGACCCGCCGCCGAGCAGUCACCACCGCCGGUGGCGAGCCGAGGGGCAGCAUCAUCGGAGCCGCCAUUGAUGCGAACCAGUCCACUGCGCCCAAGCUCUCGCACCCGACGGCCAACCGGGCGGUGCCGAAGCGCGCCCACAAGACGCAGAACGCGGCGAAGCUGCUGGAGGAGAAGCGGGACAGGGAGCUCGGGGAGACGCAGAGCAAGGAGGCCCAGGAGGAGACCGACGAAGAGCGCGAGGAGCGGGAGCGGAAGGAGAAGGCCGAGCGCGUCAAGCGCAUGGCGGCCUCCUCUGGCAUGGGCGGCAUGGGCGGCAUGGGCAUGAUGGCCAUGGGCAACAUUGCCGCCGCUGCCGCGCAACGAGGUCGUGGUGGAAAGGCGGGCGGAGGUCGGGGCAGGGGCGGCAAGUAG